ACUGUCAAACAAAUCAUGACAUGUGGAUGUUGAAUAUUGUAAACAAGAGAGCAACAGUUGAUCAAUUUUGACUAAUUCAAUGAAAAUAACUAGUUUUCGAGUAAAAAAUGGCGUUAUUAUGGAAUGAUAGGAGUGUGGUCGGUCCCCCCAUAUACACAAAGCAGCAUGAUCCUUUUAAUUUAAAUCUCUCCGCACUGCGACAACUCUUCGAGUCCAUGGUCACGACAUACACAACUACCACAUUCGAUGAAACAGCAGCGCUCACAUCUCGAUUGAUAGCCCGUCGCGUCAAUUCAUUCCGUUCUCAGGCUGGAUUUAAAGCUCUGCGCAAGACCAAUAUCGCACUAUGUCGCUUAAAGGACAUCAACAUUGUGGGCGUAGUGGAGAAUUUCUUGGGAACAUUACCCGACUACAUUGUCGAUGGAGCCAUGCUCAGUUUGCCCACCUAUGAAAACUUCCAAUUCGUUAUGCUGCGUCUACAGAGCCUAUCGAAGUUACUUCUACGCAUUGCUGUUUGUGCUAGGGAAUCGUCCGCACUCUUCCGGGACAUGAUUCAGCGAAAUUUUUUCAUCGAGAUCAGUGCACUGUACAUAGCUCUGCUGGCUCAGAUUUGGGAUGUGGCGAAACGCUUGUCGAUCAAAACGAGAGAUUUUUACAACUCGCUGUAUCCAUACCGCAAAUACUUUCCAUUGAAAUCAAAAAGCACAAUGGACGGGACAACGGUCGUCCUGUCCAACAAAUUAGAAUCUUUUCUGACCUCCGAGUGGACGAAUGAGUUUUUCAAUCAAUCGCUCGAUCACAGUCAGUUCGGGAAACGUGAGAAAGAUCUGGGAAUCGAUUUUGGUGAUUUUGACGAUGAUGGUGAAAGUAUUUUAACUUUACGCGAAGACAAAACCAAAGCAACGCUAGUCAUUGAACUGAAGAAAGUUAUCCCUGAAGGCCAAGACGUUCAAAUAGUUGAAACGAAGAACGAGCCCACCCGAAGUGAUUUCGGUGUUGCAAUUAGUAGAGACACGCUGGAAGAAGUUGUGAACGUCGAUCAAAUCGUGAGAACCGAGGAAAUCUCGAAGCUCAUCAACGAAGAGCAGUCGCUUCGAGACAAAAAGCGUAGCAAACGAACAAGACAUUUGAAUGACAGUCAAUGGAAGGAUGUUAAAGCGAAAGUUCGGAACAUUUUGGUGACUAGCCAUGGGAAAAUGUGCAUUAAGAAAUUCAAAAGCUUAUGGAAGUCUGUCAGUAAAUGAUGUUCCGACAAAAAUUCUAUUUUUUUUAAUUAAAAGAAAAUUC